CCUCAAGACUAACUAACCAAACUAAACUUUUUUUUUUUACCAGUACGAGGAGAUGGUGAAACACAAGAUACAGAUAUUUGGUCGGAUUAGACCCUCGAAGAGAACUGCGGCGGUGUAUUCUGUGAACAACGAGGAAGAGACGGGCGCCUCUCUGGAGUUCGUGGUGCCCAAAGACCUGGCUGAUGGCUUUGUCAACAAUAAGAGGGAGUGCUACAAGUUCAGGUUUAAUUCGGUGUUUGAUCAAGCAACGAAGCAAGAAGACAUCUUUGAAAACAUCGCCAAGCCCGUUGCAGACAGUGUUUUGGCUGGCUACAAUGGCACCAUAUUCGCAUAUGGCCAGACAGGAAGUGGGAAGACCUUCACCAUCACCGGAGGGCCGGAACGGUACGAUGAUCGUGGAAUCAUUCCUCGCAGCCUGUCCUACCUGUUCGAACGCCUCAGCCAGGACAGUCGCAUGGUUUCCACCAUCCACAUCUCCUACCUGGAAAUUUACAACGAGACAGGAUACGACCUUCUGGACUCGCGAGAUGAAACUUCCCGGCUGGAGGACUUACCAAAAGUAAAGAUCGUGGAAGAUCCAGACCAGAACAUCACUCUGAAGAACCUCUCGGUGCAGCAGGCAGCGAAUGAGGAGGAAGCUCUGAAUCUGCUCUUCCUGGGAGACACCAAUCGAGUCAUAGCUGAGACCCCUGUCAACCAGGCCUCCACUCGCUCCCACUGCAUUUUCACCGUGCACGUCUGCAGACGAGAGCCCGGCUCGGUCACCCUGAGGCGGUCCAAGCUCCACCUGGUGGACCUGGCCGGAUCAGACCGAGCAAGCAAGACUGGUUUGGACGGGCAGCUGCUCACCGAAGCCAAAUACAUCAACCUCUCCCUUCAUUUCCUGGAGCAGGUCAUCAUUGCGUUGUCGGAGAGAAAUCGCUCCCAUAUCCCGUACAGAAACUCCAUGCUGACGCUUGUGCUGAAGGACAGCCUCGGAGGCAACUGCAUGACCACCAUGAUUGCCAAUAUGGCAGUCGACAAAGGGAAUAUUGAUGAGUCCAUCUCGACGUGCCGAUUCGCUCAGCGUGUGGCUCUCAUCAAGAACGAGGCAACACUGAAUGAAGAGCUGGAUCCCGCCCUGCUCAUUGCACGUCUGAAAUCAGAAGUCGUGUCACUGAAAGAGGAGCUGGCCAUCGUGACAGGAGUGCAAAGAAGUGAUCAGCUCACCGCGGAGGAGAUCCACAAGUUGGAAGAGCUGGUCAAGGCUUUCCUGGAGAACCCUGAUCCAGAGGCGACGCUGUCAUUAGGACCAGACAUGAGAAAAAUCCACCACUGCUUCUCCAUGCUGAAGGCACUGGUUCUGGACAACCAAAGAGGAACAAAACGACACCUCAAUGAGCCGGAGUCACCGGCGGUCCAGAAAGAAGACGGUGAAGAAAGCCGCCUGAGAGCAGCAGAAGUGGACAAACUGAACGAGAGGCUGAAACAACGCGACACUGAGAUCAGUAUUCUUGUUAAAAUGCUGAAGAAGGAGAAAACAAGAGCCCGGGAUGCCAUUGCUCAACUAGCCAAUAUCACCAAGGACCAGAGUCUCUCCUCUCUGAGGGACUCGAUCGUCUCACUGACGCCGACGGAGGGAAGCAUCGACGCCACGCCGGAGGUCCGUGGAGGGCGCGCUAUACAGCACAUGAGGAAAGGUCCGACUCUAUCGAUGGGAAAACAAGAGGCCUUUGAGAUAUUUGUGAGGAAUCGGGAGGACCAUCUGACAGUGGAAGACAACCUCACUCUACUUAAACAACGCGCCGCAGAGGCCAAGAAGCUCGGGGUGCAGCUGAACGACGCCAGAGACAGAAUCACUGAGCUGAAGAAGCAGAUAGAGCAUCGGAGGAAACAGAAGGCAGCUCACACCGUCCUGGAGAAUCACUCUGAGGCCGAGGAGGAAGAAGACCCAGUGGAAGAAAGGUUGCACAAACACAUUGAGCAAGAAAGAAAGACUUGCAAGAGCACCUUCGGUCGUCUGAAGGCGCUGCGGACAGAGAUCGAGCAUCUGCAGCUGUUGCUGGAGAGGGCAAAGGUGAAGCUCCACAAGGACUUCCUGAAGUGGUGGGACCAGCAGGCUUCCCAUCUGCAGGAUGCUGAGUCAGGGGAUGAAGCGAGAUGCCGCUCAGCGUCGCCCACCGGAACCUUGCCGCCUCCUUCACCUGGCCCUCUGGGAUCGGGUGUUUCUGAACUGAGCAGUACUUUGAAAGACUCUUCCAGAGGUCAGGACCCUGAUGUAGAGUCUUUUGUUCAAGAUGUCAGAAGUAAUGGCCCUAAAAGCAGAAGCGUACCUCACUCACCACCUGCAGUCGUCUGGCAGAACACACCCGCAGACAGGAAGCUGACCGAACCUUCUCCUUCUUCUGAGUGGAGGGCGCUUGACGCCGCCGCCACCACCCCCUCCUCUAUCCCCCUGACCGGAGACCAGCAGGUCGACGCUGACAUUCUGGCCUUUGUCCGGGCCAGACAAAACCUCCUCAGCAGGACUGGAAACACACACAAGUGACUCCUCUGAGGGAUUCCUGUGGCUUGUUUACCUCUGGAACUGAGCUGGAGUGUCACCCAGGAUAACGGACUCUGGACGCCGCUCUGCUCCGCUGUCAGACCUGAAGGGUGAAGUUUUACUGGUGUCAGUUGUGAAAACACUGGAAUUACAAUCCGAUAGCAGUCAAAAUGAAUCCACAUUAGUGGAGAUGAACCGUCAGUACACAUUGUAAGAGGUGGAUCGACAGUCUUUUGGUUAUCUAUGAAAUUUACUUGCAAUUGUUAUGAGUAGAUAUUUGUAUAAAUGAUUUAUAGUCGUAAUGAGACCUCCUUGUAUGAAAUUCUUAAAGCAUACAAGCAUGUGUGUGGCACAUGCUGUACAUUGUGUAUUUAGAUCAAUAAUGAUUCAUGCUCACAUUGAGCAUAUAAUUGAUGGUUAAUUUUGGAGAUUAUUAUCAAUUACCAACCAAGACUUGUAUCUCUAUAACUCACUACAGUGCGUCUCCAUGGGUCUGUAAUUAGAAUCUUUCUGUCCAAAGCCGUGGUUAGAAACCGACCCAAGGAGAGACAACCUGUUGACAUGUUUGCAUGGCUUUGCAUUGGUUUGUUUGACAGAUGACAGGCGGCAGCCCGCUUUGCAUCCGGGCUUAGUUGCUUUGGAGAGAAAUUCCUGUCUGGACUCCAGGGUGUGUGUUACCGCUCCAAGUUACUUCAGUGACUUUUAAUCACUCAGAGUUGCAGAACUGAGUUAAGCGAAUGACUCCAUUGUUUUAAGAUUAGAGGUAACCUUUCAUGAAUUCCCACAUUUUGUUUCUGUCGAAGCUCCUAACCUCUUCCACUGCAGUACCACUCAUCCAUGAUGAAUUUAGUUGGUGUUGGCCACUUGACAACCUACCAAUCACCACUUCACAUGGGGUCCAAGGUUCGAUUUCAGUUCGAUUUCAAUCUUCAACUUUGGCAGUUUCCCAGGAUCCCCUCAAAGGAGCUGGAAAAACGUGGAAGAAUAUCUGAGUUACUCACUUCUUUUGCCCUUCCUGGAGGUUCACUGAAACAACCCAAUGAAAAUAAAGUGAGUAAAAAAGACAAAUGAAUAUUCACUCUGAAGGGACACACUUGGCCAUACUUCUCAAUCACUGAAUUUAAGUCCCGGUUUUCCUUUUAGUGUCAUUGUUGUAUAAACUGGAGCAGCUCGCCCUGCAGUCCCUCUGGGAAUGAAUCAGUGGGUUGAAGUCAGUGGGUUUGAGCGUGGGAUGGCAAUGACCCGUCACUGCCUGUUUGUCAGUUUUCUGAUCUCUUAUGCAUUAUAUUCCACUGUCAGUGGUAGAUGAUUGGUCAAUGUAUGUCACUGCUGCUACAAUGGAAACAUAUUCAAUGGACAUUUCUAGGA